GGGGGGGGUUCGUGGUUGCAAAGGGAUGGCGAAGAUCGCCGAUUUGAGACCCUCUCUUGCCUCUCCUCCCCUUUGUUCAAGACAUUCUCGGAGAGAUAUUGAAGCUUGUCUGGGAACAAAGAAGCUUGUAGAAACUGAAUUAAGCUGUAAGCUGUUUUCAGUUGAUGUUUUUUAUUUUUUUAAAGUUUCGGACGUUUUGUUGACUUGCCUCGCCUUUUCUCUGGUAUCGUUUCGUCUUCUCGGGCUGGCUGAAGCUAAUGACACGUCUCCACCUUGUGUAACGCGACUGUUGGAUGUUAUGAGGUGGUCUUUUCACAGCUGUUGGCAUUGCUGCCAUAAUCAGUACAGUUUCAUCUUGUUCAAUAAUAAUGAUAAUGAUAAUAACAAUGUCACAUGAAGAUGUCGCGUGUCGCUGGUUUGAUGCUCCAGAUCCGACGCAUGUACUUUCUACAGAGCUACAGACAGUCCGGGACGGUGUUUCACGAUGCUUGGCGGAAGUGCGUCAUAGCUUGGCCGGAGCGGUGGAGACGUGGCGCCGAAGCGAGAAACAGCUUGAACGGCUAGCAGAAGCAAGGAGAGCCUUAUUGAAAGACCAAGACCAAGACCAAGACCAAGACCAAGACCAAGGAAAAUAGGAACAAGUUUGUUUUUGUUUGGGCACCCAAUGGGGAGGGCAUCAACCGUUGCAGCAGCAGCCAAG